ACAGAGAGAGAGAAGCAUCCACCUCCCGUCUGCCUCUCGGCAUUGACUCCCAGAGAGUUUUUCAGGCGCGGCUUUAAUGUUUUGCUCGACAUGCCACCUCACAUGGAUUACUUUUACCACGAGUCCCGAGUCCCCUCCGCGUGCGCGCUGACCCGGGAGGAUGAGCUGGACCCCGGGGUCAUCAGCUGCAUGCUGGUCGGAGACGGAGCCGUGGGGAAGACCAGCAUGGUGAUCAGCUACACCACCAACGGAUACCCCACAGAGUACCAGCAGACCGGCUUCGAUGUCUUCUCUGGUCAGGUCCAAGUAGAGGGAUCUCCAGUCAAAGUUCAGCUGGUGGACACUGCCGGACAGGAAGAGUUUGAUGAAUUCAGAGCCCUGUCCUAUUCCCACGCCGACGUCUUCCUCCUGUGCUUCAGUAUGGUCAACCCCACCUCCUUCCACAACAUCACCAAGAAGUGGGUUCCGGAGAUCCGGGCGUCGAACCCGUCCGCUCCCAUCGUCCUGGUUGGGACUCAGUUGGACUUGAUGCUGGAUGUGAACGUCCUCAUUAAUCUGGACCGAUCGAAUGUCAAGCCGGUCCUGAGCUCGCGGGCCCGCAGCAUGGCGGAGAAGAUCAGGGCAUCGGACUACAUAGAGUGUUCCUCGCUCACACAGAAGAACUUGAAGGAGGCCUUCGACGCCGCCAUCUUCGCCGCCAUUAAGAACAAAACACGCAAGAACAAGAAGAGGAGGUUUUCAGACCGACGUACCAAAGCGUUCUCCAGAUGCAGCUGGAAGAAAUUCUUUUGCUUUAUCUGAACACG